AGAGAGGUGAAAACUUUGAAAGAGAAAGGGACCAGCUACCAGAAGUGGUUGAAGACAGAAAGGGUCCAUGUUCUAAUCAGGCAAUCACGUGGGGUUGCCUCUAUAAAACAACAAAAUCUACUCCCCUCCUGCAACUUCCUCAAUCCUAAAACCAUUAUAUUGCCCACCCUUUUUUCCACUUUUCAGCUUUCCAAUCACGUUUCUUGAUUUCCUCUCCAUCACCAUCGCCAUUUUUUGCAGCUAGGGUGGGUGCUAGCUAGUGUGCUACUACUGCCUAAAAGGAGCAUCAAGAUUCUGCCUCUCUGAGUUUCUGGCAAACUAUCAACAUCCCACCACAAAUUUAUCAGCUUUAACCCAAAUGCUGUAUAGUGUUUUCAUAAUGAGAGAACAGGAUGAGUAAAGAUUAGAUUUUGUGCAAUUCGUCGGGUUUCUCGAGCUGAGUUUUUACUUUUGUUUGUCAAGAUCAAAGGCUGCUGAAUAGCAAAGAUGCAAGUGUGCCAUGUGAGGGCUUUCUUUUUUGUCGUCUGAUGCUGCUGCUCUGUCGUAUUCAGCCACGAAAAUAUCAUUCGUUUGUAUAUAAAAGCAGCAUAAUCAGCUCAAAGUUCCAUCAAAACUGAUUAAAUCAGUGCAGGAAUCUGGGGGAAAAAAAACAUGGAUCUUGAGAAUGGCAAGUGUUGGGACACUGCAAAGAAGAGUUCAUGGAAGACGACGUUGAUUCUAGCAUACCAAAGCCUCGGGGUGGUGUAUGGGGAUCUCAGUAUCUCCCCUAUCUAUGUCUACAAGAGCACAUUUGCAGAAGACAUUCAUCACUCGGAGACGAAUGAAGAAAUCUUUGGUGUUCUGUCGUUUGUUUUCUGGACUUUAACUCUUGUCCCUCUAUUCAAGUAUGUGUUUAUAGUGCUUCGAGCUGACGAUAAUGGAGAGGGUGGCACUUUUGCACUGUAUUCUCUGAUAUGCAGGCAUGCCAAAGUUAGCCUUCUCCCAAACCGACAGAUUUCUGAUGAGGCUCUUUCCACUUAUAAACUCGAGCCCCCACCCGAGGCCAAGAACAGCUCGAAGGUGAAAAUGGUGCUCGAAAAGCACAGAUCACUGCACACUGCACUGCUAAUCUUGGUUCUGCUUGGCACUUGUAUGGUCAUCGGAGAUGGACUGCUUACUCCAGCCAUAUCGGUUUUCUCUGCAGUUUCUGGCCUCGAGUUAUCCAUGUCUAAAGAUCACCACCAGUAUGCUGUGAUUCCUAUUACCUGUGUCAUCCUAGUAUGCCUGUUCGCGUUACAACAUUAUGGGACUCAUCGAAUUGGUUUUGCUUUCGCCCCGGUUGUGCUUACUUGGCUGCUCUGCAUCAGUGCUCUUGGAUUGUAUAACAUCUUCCACUGGAAUCCCCAUAUAUACAAGGCUCUUUCCCCUUAUUACAUGGUUAAGUUCUUGAAGAAGACUAGACAAAGAGGGUGGAUGUCAUUGGGAGGAAUUCUUCUCUGCAUUACUGGAUCUGAAGCAAUGUUUGCUGAUCUUGGUCACUUCUCAUAUGCUGCAAUUCAGAUUGCUUUCACCUUUCUGGUUUAUCCAGCACUGAUCUUAGCAUACAUGGGCCAAGCAGCUUUUCUAUCAAGGCAUCAUCACACCAUUCACCAGAUUGGUUUCUAUGUAUCAGUUCCAGAAAGCGUGAGGUGGCCGGUGCUUGUCGUCGCCAUUCUGGCGUCGGUCGUCGGCAGUCAGGCAAUCAUCAGUGGAACAUUCUCAAUCAUCAACCAGAGCCAAUCCCUAGGUUGUUUCCCAAGAGUCAAGGUGGUUCACACCUCUGAUGAAAUACAUGGGCAGGUUUACAUCCCAGAGAUCAACUGGAUACUAAUGAUCCUUUGUGUUGCUGUGACCAUUGGAUUUAGAGACACAAAGCACAUGGGGAAUGCAUCAGGAUUAGCAGUGAUGGCAGUGAUGCUGGUGACUACAUGCCUCACUUCACUAGUCAUCAUCCUCUGCUGGCACAAACCUCCCAUCCUCGCUCUCUGCUUCCUCCUCCUCUUCGGCUCCAUCGAGCUUCUCUACUUCGCCGCCUCCCUCAUCAAGUUCCUCGAAGGCGCCUGGCUCCCCAUCCUCCUCUCCCUCUUCCUCCUCACCGUCAUGUUCGUCUGGCACUACGCCACCAUCAAAAAAUACGAAUUCGAUCUCCAGAACAAAGUCUCCCUCGAAUGGCUCCUCGCCCUAGGCCCCAGCCUCGGCAUUUCUCGAGUCCCCGGAAUCGGCCUGGUUUUCACCGAUCUCACCUCCGGAAUUCCCGCUAACUUUUCCCGGUUCGUAACUAACCUCCCCGCUUUUCACGGAAUUCUGGUAUUCGUCUGUAUUAAAUCGGUUCCGGUCCCGUUUGUCCCGCCCGCGGAACGGUAUCUGGUCGGACGGGUGGGCCCCGCGUCUCACCGCUCGUAUCGGUGUAUUGUCCGGUACGGCUACCGGGAUGUUCACCAGGACGUGGAUUCAUUCGAAUCGGAGCUUGUGAGUAUUCUCGCGGAUUUUAUCCGCUACGAUUGGUACAAAUCUCACGGCGUCAUCGACGACGUCGACGGCGACGCGCCAGCCGGCGCGUCGCCGGCGGAAUACCAGCUGGCCGUGAUCGGAACCGUCGCGCUCUCCAGAUCGCCGGCGUUCGACGCCGACGACGAAAGCGUACAGCCGGCGAGCGUUUCCGCGGGGUUCCCCACGGUGGAGAGCGUGACGGAGAUGUUGCCGCCGCCGCCGCCUGCGGCGGCGGCGUCGGGGAAACGAGUUAGGUUUGCGGUGGACGAGGAAUCUGCUUCGGAGGUGGAUUCGCGGUCGGAAAUGGAGAUUCAGAUGCAAUCGGAGCUGGAAGAGCUUUACGCGGCGCAACAGGCGGGCAUAGCAUUCAUUCUCGGACAUUCGCACGUGAGAACGAAACAAGGAUCGUCUCUUUUCAAACGAUUGGCCAUUAAUUUCGGGUAUAAUUUUCUGAGGAGGAAUUGCAGGGGCACAGAUGUGUCGUUGAAGGUCCCGCCGGCGUCUCUUCUUGAAGUUGGGAUGGUUUAUGUUGUUUGAACUUUGAAUACUAAAGAUGAAAUGUGGUUCUUUGUUUUGAGUGUUAAAGAGAAUAGUGAUACACUAGUAUAGUGCCCGUGCAUAUAAAAAUUGUUAAACUUAUUGCCCAAUUGUAUGCAAUAAUAAUAAUUUAAAUUAUUAUAUUCA